AUGACAAUAACCCGACCUCCAAGCUUUGUAGUUGAAUCAUCAGAAAAUGGAAGUUUGGUGAUGAGAAAUAUCAUUUUGGGACCGCCGUGCUGGAUUUCAUCGUCCAUGUCCACCACUUUGUAUUUGAUGCACUAUUAUAUUGUUUUCUGUGGUCUAUGUGGUGCUGCACUAAUAUAUUCAGGAUUUGAUGCAUUCAUGUUCAGCGCUGCGUUGCAUAUUUGUGGUCAGUUUGAAAUAUUAAACUCAAGUACCGAAACAAUCACUGAUGAAGGCGGUUACUGGAAGCAAAAGCAUAGGAUUAAGGAAUACUCCAAACGACAUGCCAAAUUACUGGCACUAGGCACUCAACUUAACGAAAUUGUUAAUUUUAUUAUUUUCUCUGAGCUUAUCAGCAAUGGUUUCCUUAUUUGCAUUUCAGGAAUCUCAAUUCUCACUAGCAUCAAGAAUGGCAAUGUGGACAAUGAUGAUCUCAACUUCGGAGUGAGAAUAUUUGUUUGGUACAUGGGGCUAUUUAUGUACACAUUUGUUGGUGAAAGGCUAUCAAAUCAAGCAGAAAAAUUGCAAAUUGCUAUAUACAAUAUCCCGUGGUAUAACAUGCCCACAACUAUUGCCCGGGAUAUUCAAUUUAUUAUAAUGCGUAACAAUUCUCCUUGUCAUUUAACUGCCUGUGGCAUUAUGAACGUGAAUUAUGAAGCUUUCAAAGAUAUUACAAGACUCAUGUUCUCGUGCUUUUCUGUUCUCAAAUUAGUAUUGGAAUAA